GCCGGAAGGAGCGGGGCAGCCCCAGCCCGCACCCGGGCACGCCGGGGCCGCUCCGCUCAGGGCGACGGGCUCCGCUUGGCCCCGGCACCUCGACCCGGCAGCGGCCACCCCGCCGCAGCGCCCGACGGCCAUGGAGGCUCCCCCCCGGUGGCCCGGCAAUGGCACCCUGUGCUCCGUGGACACCGGCUUCGCCCAGCGCUUCCUGCCCACCGCCUACCUGGUGGUGAUUGCCCUGGGGCUGGUGGGGAACGGGCUGGGGCUGGGGCACCUCUGCACCAGGGCCCGGCGCGGCGCCCGACAGCCCCUCGACUUGUUGGUUGGCAACCUGGGCUUGGCUGACCUGCUGUACGUGAGCACGCUGCCCUUCCUCGUCAGCUACUACCUGCGGGGCAGAGUGUGGCUCUUUGGGCAGGGCUGGUGCCGGAUCACCCGCAGCCUUUUCCACCUCAACCUCUACGCCAGCAUCGGCUUCCUCACCUGCAUCAGCAUCCACCGCUACCUGGGCAUCGUGCAUCCGCUGAAGGCGCGGGGCUGGUGCUAUGGGACAACCCUUUCAGCGUGGCUCAGCGCGAUGGUCUGGGUGUGGGUCAUCGCACAGGUAGCUCCAGAUUUUGCCUUCAGCAAGAUGGAUGACACGGGGACACGGUGCCACGACACAACGGAACACGAGCACCUGGGUGUUUAUUUGCCGUACACCGUGACCAUCACCGUGACUGGGUUCGUCAUGCCGUUCCUUAUCAUCAUCGGAUGCUACUGCCACGUGGUGGUGGUGCUCUGCAGGAAUGACACUGUGGACCUCAGCCUCAGGAGAAGAAGCAUCAGUCUGGCGAUUCUUGUGAUGAUCCUCUUCUCCAUCUGCUUCCUCCCCUACCACAUCUUCAGAAACCUCAACUUGUUGUCUCGAGGCUGGCAGCUGCAAGGGUCCUGCACACAGGCUGUAAAGAAUAUCUACCUUUCUUACCAGGUGACACGGGGCCUGGCCAGCUUCAACAGUGCCCUCAACCCCCUGCUCUACGUGAUGACCAGUGAAGCCUGCAUGUCACGUAUGAGGACCCUCUGCCAAACAAGGAAAACCUCUAGCCAGGAAGAUGAGAAGAAUAUGAGCAUCAUUCUUUGUAAGGAGGAGGCUGCUGCUGAGCUCUGAGGUACCCAACACCCCUUCCAUAGGAUGCACCACUUCUGUUUGCACUUGGGCCCUUCUUGGGAGUCACCUCCUCACCCUGAUCCCUGCUUUGCAGAGAGUUGGUAACUGUGUGUGACUCCAGUUUCACACAAGGGGUAGACAGGGAUGCUGGCAUCAGAGAGGAAACUGAGGCCAGGUUUUAGAGCAAAGCUACUCAACCCAACCAUUUAGCCUAACAGUGUGCUCAGAGAUGGCAAGAAAUGAAUAUUGUGUUUGCUCCAGACUUGAAACAUUUCUCAGCGCAGCCUCUAAUGCAGUGGUCCGAGCUGGUCAACAUCUCCCUGGUUGUGCAGCCACCCGCUGAGCUCUCAGUGAGUGAGAUGGGGGUGAAUGUGCCUUGUCCCCAAACUGCAUCCCCUUUCCCCACUGGACAUGGGUUUGAGACAGGAUUCCCUCCUUCACCUAAGGAGAAGGCACCAGUAAUUAAUAACCUGGGUUGGACAACAGCCGAGAGAUGAUGGGGGGGGGGGGGGGGGGAAUAUGCUUUGGAGGUGGAAAUAGUCAUUACAAUAUCAAGUUUUAAAUAGAUGACUAAGCUCUGCCAGUUUCUGAGUUAGCUGUUCCUGGGUGACUGAGCUGCUUCUGUAUCUGUGUGAUCCUCUACUGCCCACCUCCUUUGCAGGAGAAAAAAAAAAGAGCUUUAGCAUUACUCACUCUCUUUUGGAAGAGCACCCAGCAGACAACAGCAAAUUGGCAUUUUGAAGCUUCUGGAGGCUGUUGGUUGGGUUGGGGUUUAUUUUUUGCAAGGCAAAUGACUGCAGUAGCCUGAACCGCUGCUUUCAAUGGGCAAAAUCCCAGGAGAGUUUGGAAUCUUCAGGCGGGUGCUUGCAUCUGACUCCUGCAUCCAGCCUUGCAACGGGGUUAGACAUGUCUGUUAAAAGUUAGACAUGCAAAGGAAAGAGAAGCAACACAGGUUUGAAGACUUGUGAAGGGAGGAUUCAAUGGUGAGAGCAAUCCAUCUAUUGCCAUGGGAUCUCUGCUUCAGGAGGAGCCGAGGCUGCUGAGCAGCAGUUUAAUUUUUGCUGUUGAUGUUGAUGAACACCUUGGAUGCUUUGGUCCUUGUGAAGGGAGCAGUGCAAUUUGCAGCAGCAGACCUUGCAGCUUGGCUGAAGGAAGUAGAUUGAGAGUCUAAAUCAUCCUCUUCUGGGAAAGGGCCAACCCACAGACACUGUGCUCUUUGAACCCAAACCCGAUAUUUAUCACAGUCAGCUGCUCUUCGCACGCACCCACCCUCGCUGCUGCACAGAGGGAGCCGCAGCUCACUUUCAGAUGCAGUUAAUAUGUCUAAAGUGCAAAUAAACACCUAAAGCUUCCGGUC